GUUGUGGCGGUGCGCGUACUUGCAUCCGGGUGGCGCACAGUAGAGGCACGCCUGGCUCAUGCCAAAUUGCGGGACAAGAUGCAGGAUGCAGGGAUCCACCUGCCGCAGCAACUUGCGCUUCAGGGACAUGCAGCUGCAGUGGUAGGGUCGUGGCCUCCUUGUUUACAGACGCGCUCUCAACAUCACCGUUUCGCUCUUUCAUCUCCCGCCGACCGCGCCCCAAGGGUCUUUUGUUUACAGUUCCCGCCACCCACCACGCCCCGCCAAAACAUCCACAUCUGCGCGUAUCGAUAAACUCAGACGACGCUACCAAGCGCACUCAGGGGACCCCGUACAGACUUCCCCUCGACAUUGCGCGCCGCCAUGUCGCUCAGCUCCACAUACACGCGGUUCCUGGCGAAUCCCUUGCCCAGCGCGCUCGCCGACAACGCGUCGCUGCAUUACAUUACUACGCUCACGACUAUCAAUGAUGCGCCCGCCAUAAUCAAGCACUUCACCGUGCAGGAGAAGCUGCUGAAGCAGAAGGAGCACAAGUUGCUGAGCGCAAUUGAGAAUGACGAUGGCGCGCUGUGCGUUGACCUGCAGGUGACGAUUGAGUUCCUCCAGGGCGGCGGCGCCUACCUGCCCGGCCUGGACGACAACUUCGUCUCCGACCGGACGGUGACAUUCCCAAUGGUUCAUAUUGUCAACUUCGAAGCGGGGAAGAUCACCCAGAUCCGCAAAUACUGGGACCAAGGCUCGCUUCUCAAGCAGAUCGAGGUCAUUGGCGCACGCGCGCGUAACUGGCCCAUCCGCGAUGGCAAGGACCAGAUCCGGCUUAUUGCUACGAGCGCAGCAACCAAGCCCCAGUCCGAUGCUGCUGAACCCCCCCGCGGCCGUGGCCAAGACGAGGUGUCAGUCCGCCAACGCGGUACGCGGAAGAAUACCACCAAUGCAAUGAACGAUCCCCAUGCGUCGCUUGCGCUCUUUGAGAACCGACAGCCUGAGGAGGAGGGCGAAUUCGAAUCGCACCCGAUAGCAUCGCGAGCCCAGUCUGCGAAACCUCCGCCCCGUAACAUGGGCGAGCUGUUUGUCGGAGACGAGCCCGGCACACCCACUCCGCACAACGCACCUAGUAUCCCUAAGAAAGCAGGUGGCGGCAAGAACUUCAAGCCGAACCGUCUGUUUGACGAGGACGACGAGCCUGCGCCAACUCCCGGGGGCAUCAAGACCAGUUCCAAGAAGUACGAUCACUUCGAAUUCGGUGACGGCGAGGACACUCCCCGAGGUAGCGAACCGGUACGUAAUGUCAACAAGAAGCACCAGUCCCAAUGGGACUUCGAGGAUUUCGUCACACCCGAGAAGACGAAGCCAAAGAUUCUCCCUGGGAAUCAGCGGUCAGUUGGAUGGAGCGAUGACGAGCAGGAGGAGCAUUCUCCCGUACACCGCGAAGUUGUCCACAAGCCGCGGCGCGACGCAGACACGCACUUCGAGUUUAAGGAUGAUGGAACUCCAGAUGCCAGCCAGCAGAGGCCGACCCAAGUCAAGGGACGCCAGGGCAAUAACAAAGGUGGCCUGUACAGUGACCACAUUAUGGGGGGCGAUGAGGGCAAUGACUUCGACACACCGAAAGCCAAAGGCGACAACAAGGGUCCUCGCGACAUAACCCAUAUCAAGAACGAUGAACGCAAGAAAGACUUCGGCGCUCACUGGGAGAUGAAGGACGACAGCCCUGGCGGUCGUAACGUUCCCGAUUCCAAGCUUACCCAGAACCAGCAAAAGGUGCUGAAGACGAUGGACGCCAACUGGGGCAACUACGAGCCUUCUCCACAGCAAGGGAAGAUCCGAAUCGCGGGCAACGGCAUGGGUGGCCGCAGCACCACGAAAGCAUUCAGCCUUUUCGAGGAGGAUCCCGAAGAGGCGAAGAAAGAGAACGCGGGCAUCAAGUCAAUGGGCAACGGAAUGGGUGGGCGCAGGGGCACCACCGCCCUGUUCGAGGAAGAGGAUCCUGAGGACCAUUCUAAGCACACGCAAAUGGGCAAGAAGUCGAUGAGCAACUCCACCGGAGGGCGCAAGGGCGCUACCAGCUCGUUCAAUUGGGACUUCUAGGCGGAGCAACCCGCUCGCAAGCGCCGGCGGCAGCGCCGCACACCGCCUCAUUCAGGGCCUACGUCCUUUCCUUUUAACGAACGAUGAGCACGGCCGAACGCGAUGACGAGACGAAAUGAUCGAGCUGGCUCCGAGAUGGCUGCCACGACGAGCAAGUCUGCUCGCGGCCCUGUUUCAUUUGUUGUGAAUCAUCUCUUUAUAUUAUUCGGAGAGGAAAUUGAAACUGGAUGCGCGUCCUGAGUAUGAUAUCCUGUUAGGGUUGUUUGAAUAGAGGUGAUGUGGUACGGAUGCAGACUGAGCAUUGCUGAGGGUUGAAGUUGAAGUUGAAUACCAUUGUUGUUU